CAAUGAUGGCGGCAUUGUUUUCAGUCGUUUUGACAGCCAUACACUCGCACUAAAAAAUUAGAACGCUGGCUGAUCAAGCAAAAGUGCGCUAGGAAAUUAAUCUGCUUUUUUACCGAAUAAGUCCUCGAAAUAGUUUUCAAUCUUUCGUACAAAUACAAGUGUGUCCUCUGCCGUUGCGGGGACCAACAAAUAAGUGCCGCAAGCUGUCUGCCGUUGUGAAAAUGAAGCUGAUCGAUUCGGUCGUUCGGAGUUUUAAGGUAGCGAAGGUGUUCCGGGAGAACACGGAUAAGAUCAAUGCCAUCGAUUUCUCGUCCAACGGGGAGAUGCUGAUCAGCUGUAGUGAGGAUGAUCAAAUUGUGCUGUAUGAUUGCGAAAAAGGUACUCAGAUUCGAACAGUAAAUUCAAAAAAGUAUGGUGUGGAUUUGAUACAUUUUACCCACGCAAACAACACGGCAAUCCACAGUUCGACAAAGGUGGACGACACGAUCCGCUACCUGAGUUUACACGACAACAAAUACCUGAGAUACUUUCCGGGACAUACGAAGAAGGUUAUUUCCCUCAACAUAUCGCCAGUCGAGGACACGUUCCUGUCCGGUUCAUUGGAUAAAACAUUGCGUUUGUGGGAUUUGCGAUCACCCAAUUGUCAGGGCGUGAUGCACCUGAAUGGACGUCCGGUAGCGGCAUACGAUCCUGAGGGCUUAAUCUUCGCUGCCGGUGUAAACUCUGAAAGUAUCAAACUAUACGACCUGCGAUCGUUCGACAAGGGCCCUUUUGUAACAUUUAAACUAAAUCAGGAAAAGGAGUGCGACUGGACUGGACUGAAGUUUUCAAGAGAUGGAAAAACAAUUUUAAUCAGUACCAACGGUUCUAUCAUUCGAUUGAUUGAUGCGUUCCAUGGAACGCCACUGCAAACAUUCACGGGUCACUUAAACAACAAGGGGCUGCCAAUCGAGGCUUCCUUUAGCCCAGAUUCGCAGUUCAUCUUUUCCGGAAGCACCGACGGACGGGUACACGUGUGGAAUGCCGAUACAGGUUACAAAAUCUGUGUGCUGAACGGCGACCAUCCGGGCCCGAUUCAAUGCGUUCAGUUCAAUCCCAAGUUUAUGAUGCUAGCGUCGGCCUGCACCAACAUGGCAUUCUGGCUGCCAACGGCGGAGGAUGCCUAGCGCGAACCUGCGAUCACUAGCAUUAGGUAAUAUUUGGAAGAAUCAGACCCGAAGUGAACUUUUUUAGUUAUGCAGUUGAGUGUAAGUUAUGUGAGUACCGAUAAGACGAAAUAAAUAAGUUUCUGAUCAAA